CCCGCGCCCCAUUGUAACGCACCCUCCGAGACCCCCAGCUGCCUGCCUGCCAUGCCCAUCUCCGCCGCAACCCUCGAGACGGCCAUCCGCGCGGCAAUUCCGGUGACACACCUCGACAUCGAGGACACCUCGAACGGCUGCGGGGAGAACUACGCGGUCUUCGUCGUGAGCGAGGCGUUCGAGGGGAAGAACACGCUCGCGAGGCACCGCUUCAUCAACGAGGUCCUGAAGAACGAGAUCGCGCAAAUGCACGCGUUUUCACAGAAAACGCUCACUCCAACGCAGUACCAGGCGCACCUCGCGAAGCAGGCCGAAUCCUGACCCUUCAACAACCUCUUAUGAUAUUCGCGAAGGACAGACUCUGCCGUUGAGGUUCUGUUUGGCAAUGUAGAGGCACGUGUCGGUGGGCGCAGUUGUACGAUCAGUGUAACAGUCGUUCCUGUUGUAUGGUGGCUCUUCUCUUUGAUGUUCGACACUGAGUUAC